CGCAUCAUCAUCAUCAUCCAUCUUCCAGCCAUUCAUUCUUUCAAUUGCCUUUCUUUCACUCUUUUCCAUUCCAAUUACUAUUCAUCAGGAGAUAUACUACCAUUCCCCCGUCGACCAAAUAUGCUUUUGACUUAGCUUCAUUCCAUCCUUGUUUCCCUUUCUUCUUUCACUGAUCCAGAACUUGAUUUAACUCUCGCUACACGAACAACACCGCCAUGGUGCGCCUGUGGCCUUUCAAGGCCGAAGACGACUCUCCAGCAUCCUUCGAGAAAGCUCUAUCAGCCCUAUCCGAGAAGAUCACCCGAACCACCAACCACCUCGACCUCCACCGACAACACGCCCGCCGCUUCAAGGCCCUCUGGACCCUCUACACCACCUUCGCCUACCUCCUCUACUCCAUCAUUUUGGCUCUGGUGCUAGGAUGGCAGAAUUGGGGGAUAGCUGAAUACGCCGCCAUAGUGGGCGGGCCCAUCCUAAUUUACACCGUCCGCACCGGCGCCACACGGUACUACGACUACCGCAUCACCAAGACACAAGCCCACCUCGACUCCCUCCAGAAACAACGCGACGUUACCAUCGAGAAACUCAAAGAAGCCACCCGCUACAACUCCACCCAGCAGCUCCUCGAGAAAUAUGGCGGUGGAACCCUCAAGCGCACCAAGUCGCGAAACGGAGACGAGAAGCGCAAGUCUGACGCCUCCGCGGCCGCCGGCAGAAAGCGUAAUCAACAACAACAGCCAUUCGUUCAACGCACGGGGCUACCCCCACCCCCGACGGCCAAUAUUCGUCGUACACCACAACAACAACAACAACAACAACAACAAAACCCACAGCCCUCCACUCCUGGUCGUGGUCAGCCGCAACACCCUCCUCCCCCUCCGUUUAUGAUCCCAGGCCACGAGCAGCGGCAGCUGCAGCAGGGGCCGAACUUACCCUCACCGCCUGCAUUCGACGAGCCGGGGUUCGCGCCCAAUGCUUUUUCGUCUACCCCGCCGCAGUACAUCGAAUCCUCCCACUGGUAUGAUCGGUUGCUGGACGUGUUGCUGGGCGAGGACGAGACGCAGCCCAAAAACCGCAUGGUGUUGAUCUGCGCCACCUGUCGGCUGGUCAACGGCCAGGCGCCCCCAGGCGUCAAGUCCCUGGAGGAGCUUGGGCGCUGGCGGUGCGGGAGCUGCGGCGCGUGGAAUGGCGAGGAGAGCGAGGCUAAGAAGGUGCUUGCGGGCAUCCGGAAUGAGCCUGCACUUGGUGCUGCUGUUGCUGCGGAGAGCACCGAUGCCGAGGUUCAGUUGUCGGUCAGCGAGCGAUCGGACGAUGGGGUGAUUGUUGCGGCCAGUGACGAUGAGCAGGUCGAUUCGGGGAGUGAUGGCGUUGAGGGGGCCGAGGAUCAUUUGUCGGAAGAAGCAGCAGACGAAGAAGAGGAAGAGGUGAAGGAGGAGCCUGUUCCGAAGACGACUCGUGGACGUGGUAAAGCCGGGAAGAGAAAGGGCUGAGCGAGGCUCGUAGACUCCCCAGCGAGACUUUUGUAUCAUUUCUUUUAUUCUCUUGGUAUGGUUGGGACAAUACAUCAUUCUUACUCCAGUUAGUUCGUAGCUUGCUCGUUUCACCUUUCGUUAUGGACUUGAGGUACAUGGCAAACCAAGUCAGCUGUAUGGCUUGACGAUAAUAGUUAUACCGAGGUAUCAGAUAGUUUCAAGAUCACGAUCAUAGAAUCCAGGCUUCCAUUAUCGCUCAG